AGAUUCGGUCCAGAUACUGAUUGGGGGAGGCUGGAUGUCGCGAAAGGGGUGUGUUAUGUGCAACGAAAAAAUAUUUUCGGGGUUUCAAGAGAGGAUUAUCCACCACCUCUCCCAAUCAGUGACGUUUCCGUAAUUUUGGGGUUUCUGUUUUGUCGCGAGUGUUUUUUCUAACAUGAAGUGUUCGAGGGUUUUGGCGAUCCGCAAGGCCAAGUUGACCGUCUUUGGAAUGGAGAGGAAAGCUAGUUGAUUCCUAUGCCAAAAUGUCUUGGGAGUCUCUCAAUUCCCAUCAUGAUUACAUCAGCGGCACCUUGGGCAUCUCCGUGGGCGGCGUGGGCGGCCGCCACCCGCACUACCAGCUCUCCGCCACGCGGCUGCUGUCCCCAUCGCCCUCCGGCUCGCGCCACCCCCUCGACGGCCCUGGCCCCACCCUCUCCUCCGACCGCCCCUGGCCGUGGACGAGCUCCUGCUCGAGUCUGCACCGGGAUACCUAUGCGGAGGUGCGCCCGUCGAGGGUGGCUGCGAAGAGGUGCACGUGGGGCUGUUUUCACGCCUGUCGCGCCAGGAUACACCACAGUCUGGCCAAGAGGAAGAUCGAUCAAGGACUGCGACUCUACAACCAACACAAGCAGCAACAGGCGGUACGAAAAUGGAAAUCGGCUCUCAAGGCUAUACGGACCAGAGACGACAAGUUCAAUCUUCUCGGAUACCUUUAUCAGGCUUACAUGGACUGGGGAAAAUACAGAGACGCCUUGGAAUACGCUCAUCGACAACUAUUCAUAUCCGAAGAACUGGACAGUCCCAAUAUGCGAGCGGAAUCCUAUCUGAAUUUAGCUAGGGCCCACCAGAGAUUAGGAGGAUUGGAAAGGGCGUUAGCAUAUGCCAGACAUUCCCUGUACAAUGAAUGUGAACAGCACACGACAGCAGGGCAUGUUCAUCUCACCGUGGGUUCGGUUUAUUUGGAGUUGGCCGGGUUCAACAAAGCGUUAGACAGCUUCCAACAUGCUCAUCGGAUAGCUCAGGCUGUUCAUGAUCCCGCACUAGAAUUACAGGUAUAUGUAGGCCUUUCGGAACUAUUCAGUAGACUUCAGGAUGCUGACAAAAGUGCAAGGUAUGCUUCAAAAGCUUAUGACUUAUCCAGGUCAUUGCAGUUGGGAGAUUUGAAUUCCAGACACCACAGAGCCGCUCUUUUACAAAUGGCCUCAGCACUCAGAAAACAGGGAGAAUUAGGUGAUGCUCAUGAUUAUUGCUCAGAAGCUACCAGAUUGGCCCUAGUUUCUGGAGACCAAGCAAGUUAUGCUAAAAGUAUACGAAUAAUGGGAGAUAUCUACAGGAAAAAAUCAGACAUCAAUAAAGCAUUUCGACAAUAUGAAACUGCUAUGGGUUCAGCAGCUGCGAUGGGCGACAGAGUCAUCCAGAUGGAAUCCAUGGACGGAGCAGCUAGAUGUUUGGAAGCCUUAAGGUUGCAGCACAAGAUCUGCAACUGCAGACCUUUGGAAUUCAACACUAGGUUAUUGGAAGUAGCUAGUUCUGUUGGUGCUAAGCUUUUGGUUCGAAAAGUUCGCAUAAGACUGUCACGGAUAUACCACUCUUUGGGGGACGAAGAGCAAAAAGUGCACCACGAAAGGGUAGCCCUCAGACUGCAAGAGGACCUGGACCUUUUGUGCGCCGGCUGCGGAUCGCCCUACGGCAUCGACAGCGAUUCCCUCGAAGCCCUGCCUUGUGCACAUAUCCUCCAUGCAAGAUGUGCCUACGACCUUUUUAGAAGGAGUAAAAAGAAAAAACGGUCUUGUCCAGAGUGCGAUCGCACGAGUUCCAGGCUGUAUCUGAACUGCACCGACUACAAUAAUGCGAUGACGUACAGUCCCGUUCCGCUGUCCGUGUGUUCCUCUGACAGCCACUGUACUUCUCACCACGCCACCAGUUCAGUUUAAAAGAAUGCUUAAAUAAUCUCCAAACGACGGGUACGUUCACAAAAUCAAAAUUUUUUACAUCUCUUUUGACUAGUAUUUUUCUUAUAUUGUUUGUUACUAUGACCAAAUAUCCGAAAUCGUUGAAAAUGUAGAUCAGUAUUAUCAAGUUUAUUAAUAUUUUUCGUCCAAUUUUUUGAAGGGUUUCAGUGAAAUGAAAACGUGCAUGGAAAUGUAUUAGAUAUACAGGGUGUUUCCUAACUACGGUUCCUUACUGGUGUGGGUGAUUUGUUAGGUCAUUUUAAGAAGAAAAGUUCCAAUGAACAUAUGCCCGGAGUUGCUUCGUUUCUGAGAUACAGGGCGUUGAAAUUGAAGAAAGAAAAACGUUAAUUAUAAACUAUCAUGAAUAUCCUGGAACCGAUUUGGUUGAAAUUUGGUAUUUUUAUUUGUCAAAUUUUCUGAAGUUUCAGCAUAUCAAGUGUCAAUUAUAUUAUUAGCGGAAAUAAUGAAAAACUCAUUUCUCCAAUGCAGGUGUUCAUGAUAUAUUAUGCAAUACAGUGGCUUUAAUUUUUUUUCUCGAAAACGAAGCUAGAUAUGAAGAAUAUACAGGAGACCAAAAAGUUGUAUUUUGAGUUGCUCA